AAUCAAUGGGCAAAAUAAGGGACAUUGCUGGGUGGGUAAUAGUGAAAGAAAGCAAUGCCUGUUUAAAUUACAUCAAAAGUUGUAAAGGAUCUAGAUGUGAUAAAGUGCAAGACAGAAAAAAGACUGAAAGAGAAAUCAAGUCUGUUUUGGAUAGUCUGAAAGCAAGUAAAGAAAUAUUGCUGGAAACAACCAGAUAUCCAGAAUCACUGGAACAUAUAAAGACACAUGAUAGGGGUGGUAAAGCAUUUGCAACUGAUGACUUCUAUGAAUACAUGGUAGCAGUGGGUUCGCAUGCGGUAUUUUUAUUAUCAGACAAGACAUUGACUAAAUUCAAAGAAGAUUCUAUAAAACUUGCUUGGAAAUCAUUGCUUUCUAAUGAGGAUUUAAAAAGAAUAUCUGAAACAAUGAUUAACAAUAUUUCCAGCAAGACCUAUGACUAA